AUGAAUAUGUUAAAUUGUUUAGCCAGGAUUUCCUUAUUUACCCUCUUCAUCUACAACUCAUAUAACUUCUCAAUGAACGAAAAUGGUUUAGGAAAAGUAUUAGAUGCAAGACACAUUAGAUCCCUCUCAGAAAUGAAUGCAAAUUCCAUGAGAGCUGAUUAUACUUCUAAUCAUCAACAAAAUCAAUAUGUAAGUGGAGAUAGCUUAAAUGAACAAAGAGAUGCAAGUAGAGAAAGUUAUACUGCACAAAGUGGUGCUUGGAGUAAUACAUAUCAACAAAAUGGUUCUGAAUCACCAAUGUACGAAAGAGUAUAUAGAAAUACUGAAGCCCCCGAUUAUUAUAAUAACAACGUUAGAUACUUAGCACAAGGAGAUAACUUCAAUAAAGAAUUAUUUGAAAAAUUAAAGACUAAUGCUGUAUUUAUCAUCCCAGCUUUACUUUUUGGAUUCUAUGUUUUAAGAAAUACUGGAAUGCAAACUUUACUAAUGAUGGGUGCUAUUGGUGGUAUUUUAAUGUAUACUCACCAUUACGUUAAAUAA